GCCAGCGGAGGAGGAGUUGGAAAAAGACGAGAGCAGAGAUCGGGAAAGAGUUAUACUGAAAAGGAUCAACAAUCGAAUGAAAAAUAAAGACCUUGUCAAACGGCACGCUGACUUCUGAAGUGUAUCCGGGAACGGCCUUUAUUCUGGGACGGCCACGUUACGUGACGCACAGACUAAACAGGCAUAGUAACCACCACGGCGGGGGGUCCGUCCAGCCGUCGGGAGGGGAGGAGCGUGGGGGGCACGUGACGCGUGACGCACAGACGGGGGGGGCGUGGCCAUCCCCUCGCAUAAAUACCCACGGCGGGGCCACAUGCAGAAUCAGUGAGACCCCCUCCUCCUAACUCCAAAACUCCCUAACCACUCGCGCCUUUUUCCACGCACACCGACCAUGAUCAAGAAGAUGACGCUCUCCGAGAACGAGUUCAACAUCCCGGCCAAGAACUGCUACAGGAUGGUCAUCCUGGGCUCCACCAAAGUGGGCAAGACGGCCAUUAUUUCGCGGUUUUUGAACGAGCGCGUGGAGGAGCAAUACACGCCCACGAUCGAGGACUUUCAUAGGAAGUUGUACAGCAUCAGGGGGAAUGUUUACCAGCUGGACAUUUUGGACACGUCUGGCAACCACCCCUUCCCCGCCAUGAGGAGGCUCUCCAUCCUUACAGGCGACGUGUUCGUCCUGGUGUUCAGUUUGGACAACCGGGAGUCCUUCGAGGAGGUGCAGCGCCUCAAGCGGCAGAUCUAUGAGACCAAGUCGUGCCUGAGGAACAAGACCAAGGAGAACGCAGACGUGCCGCUGGUCAUCUGCGGCAAUAAGUGCGACCGCGACUUCCAGCGGGAGGUGCGGGAGGAAGAGAUCGAGCAGCUGGUGCGCGGCGACGACCAGCACAGCCGCUGCGCCUACUUCGAGGUGUCCGCCAAGAAGAACACCAACGUGGACCGCAUGUUCCAGGCGCUCUUCGCCAUGGCCAAGCUGCCUGACGAGAUGAGCCCCGACCGCCACUGCAAGGUGUCGCUGCAGUCCAGCGAGCUCCUGCACCGGAAGUCCUUCCGGGCCAAAAAGUGCAAGGACGCCUACGGCAUCGUGGCGCCCUUCGCCCGCCGGCCCAGCGUGCACAGUGACUUGAUGUACAUCAAGGAGAAGGCGGUGGGAGGGGGACAGGCCAAGGAGAAGGGCUGCGUCAUAUGCUGACCCCUACAAAGACGCCAUCGGAGAGACGAAAGCGGUGACCAAAAGACCGACGAUACCUCGACUGACUUUGUUUACAUUGCCACCCCGGACUUGAAUGUUUACGAACAAAAUAUCAACGUCUAUUUAUUAUGUCUGUCAAUUUUUGCAUCAAAUAAAAACUUAUUUUCCUAAA